UACGUAACGACCAUCUCCCAUACCAAAACCCCCAAAGGAAUAAAACAGAUAAGUGGCAGAAAAAAACACGGGAAGAAUUCUAACUGCUUUCUUCUCCUUCAACAGCAGGAUCUCAGAUUCAGGCAAAAAUCUUCGAAAUUCAAAUCCGUUAGAUUCUUCUGCCGAGAUGAAACUGGUGGAGAAGACCACGGACAAGUUCCUGGUGGUGAAAGAGGAGGAGGAGCACGAGGAAGAUGAUGGCUGCCGUACGAUCGAGGUUGCGGUGGUUGACCGCAGUGAGAUUUCUCCGGUUCCGGCGGCGGCGGAGUCCCGGCUAGUUGUUUCCGGCGAGGAACUUAACCUGAUACCGCCGUUGAACUUCGCAAUGGUCGAUAAUGGCAUAUUCAGGUCUGGGUUUCCUGACUCUGCGAACUUCUCCUUCCUUCAGACUCUCGGCCUUCGUUCCAUCAUAUAUUUGUGUCCGGAGCCAUACCCGGAGAGCAACAUGGAAUUCCUCAAAUCGAACGGAAUUAGGCUCUUUCAGUUUGGCAUUGAAGGAUACAAGUGUGUCCCUGGAUUUGAGAACCCGAUUUGGUUGCGUAAUUGGAGUUCUAAGCAUCAGAAAGAGGGUCCAUUUACAAAUGGAAUUUCGAUAACUUUGGAGCCUUUUGUAAACAUUCCCGACGAUAGAAUCCGCGAAGCACUCAAAGUCCUUCUCGAUGAGAAAAACCGUCCUGCUCUGAUUCAUUGCAACCGAGGAAAGCAUCGGACGGGUUGCCUUGUCGGGUGCUUGAGGAAACUCCAGAAAUGGUGCUUAACAUCGAUAUUCGACGAGUAUCAGCGAUUUGCAGCGGCCAAAGCGAGGGUUUCAGAUCAACGGUUCAUGGAGUUAUUCGACAUUUCGAGCUUGAAGCAUAUUCCCAUGUCUUUUUCUUGCUCCAGGAGGUAAAAGCCAAGACUUGUUUUAUAACCCAUCCGUUGGCCCAUCCAUAUAUACGCCUUUGCUGAAUAAAAGAUUAGGAGAGAUUCGUGAGUUCUUGUGUUGCGUUUCUUGCGCCGACGAGAGAAAAUCAUUCUUCUUUCCCUUUUCCUUAUUUGGAAUCAAUAAUCGUUUUUCAUUCUCUUUUUGGAAGGUGAGUGCAAGCAUUCUAGGUACAGUAGUAAUGGCAGAUUAUAUACGUAUACAAAUACGUAUAUAUAGGAAUCAGUGUCAGUAGGAUUCUGAGGCAUGACAUGGGUCACCGGAAAAUUUGUAUUCCGGCUAUGGUUUUGUGAUUGUGAUGACAAGCCUCAACCGGAAAACUUGCACGUUA